AUGCACCCUUCUGCAGAAAACCAAACCCCGGGCGCAUGGUCGUCCUCUUACGCCCACAACUGGUCGGCACAAGCGACUGACGGCCCUUUACGUGUCCACGGUAGGCAUUUUGUCGACGGCUUCGGCAGAGUCUGCAAUGUACGAGGCGUGAACGUCUCUGGGAACUGCAAAGCGCCUGUGAAUCAUGACCACGAUACUUUCCCUCACAAACACGACGAAGUCACCUUCGUUGGCAGACCGUUUCCACUGGAGGAAGCGCACGAGCAUUUCAGUCGUUUGCGGCGGUGGGGCUUAACAUUCAUCCGUUUCCUGGUGACGUGGGAGGCAGUAGAACAUGCAGGCCCGGGUAUAUAUGACCUGGAGUAUCUUGACUACUUGGAACGACUUCUCUCACUUCUACCCCAGUAUGGCAUAGUCGCAUACGUAUCCGUGCAUCAGGACGUGUGGUCUCGGUACUCCGGGGGUUCGGGCGCCCCAGCGUGGACCCUUGACGCUGUGGGUUUCGAUUUGCACAAAUUGGAGGAGUCGGGUGCAGCGUGGCUGCUAGGGGUGAAGGGAGGUGGACACGUUGAAGCUGAGCGUGGUCUUUGGCCAUGUGGGUAUCAGAAAUUGGCGGCUGCUACUAUGGCUACUUGCUUUUGGGCAGGAGACACGUUUGUCCCCAAAGUGCGGAUAAAGAACCAACAUGGGGAGGAGGUUUCCGUGCAGACGUUCCUACAAGACGCGUUUCUGAACAUGUACGAGGUAGUGGUGAAGAGGGUGGGCCAUUUAGAGGGUGUUGCUGGCUUCCAAAUGAUGAACGAACCGCAUCGCGGAUACAUCGAGCUUCCCUCUCUUCACGGUUUCGAUUACAACACAGAUCUACAUUUAUCUUACGUUCCUUCGGCAUUCCAAUCAUUCAUGCUGGGCUCUGGCUACCCUACAAGCGUAGCACACUGGACACGGUCAUUCCCAAUGCCAACCCGACGCACAUCCCACAGCGUACUCAACCCCGCUGGCCAUAAAGCGUGGCGGAAAGACGGUCCCACAGACGGUCGCUGUAUUUGGGAAAUGCAUGGCGUCUGGGGUUACGAUACCAACAAGAAGACUGGCGUCGUGCUCCGGGAAAACUACUUCACAAAGCAUCCUAUGAAUGGCAAGAAGAUUGACUGGUACACGGAUUAUUAUUUUCCGCUCCUUGAUAAAUGGUCCAAACGCGUGAGGGCGUUGUCUCAUCCCCACAAACUGGUGUUCGCCGAGCCUAUACCUAACGAGUUUUGUACUCCGUUGUGGACCUCCGAGCACCGACCUGAGAAUAUGGUCUUUGCACCCCAUUGGUAUGACCUCAAUGCAUUGUUUUCAAAGGCUUUUGGUGACUUUACGGUCAACGUUCAAGGCUUGUCGAGGGGCAUGUUUCCUUUGAAGGCGUUCUAUUGGGGGCAGAAAGGUGCACGGGCUAACUACUUCCUCCAAAUCAGAAAUAUCGUCGAGGCUGGAUAUAAAGCACUGGGGGAGACGCCUGUGCUGAUGGGCGAGUGCGGCGUGCCAAUGGACAUGAACCAUAAAGAAGCCUUCAAGACGGAUGACUGGACGUGGCAAGGCCGUAUGAUGGACGCGAUGAUUACAGGACUUGAGCGGUCCCUCAUAGGUUUCACUCUGUGGAACUACAAUCCUGACAACGAUGACAAGCGCGGUGACGACUGGAACGGCGAAAACUUCUCCUGGUUCAGCCGUCAACGCGCCCUACCAUCAUCUAUGCUUUCCUACGAGCAGGAUUCUGCUUCGUUGGAUAACGGUGGCCGCAUCCUCGACUCUGUCGUCCGGCCGUACCCAGCGAAGACCUGUGGCAUCCCCGUUCGUUUCGAAUACGAAAUGUUGACCGGGGAGUUCACAUACGAAUGGGUGGUCCCAAGUCAAGGGAAGGCAACGGAGGAGAGCGGCUCUCCAUCGAAUAAGCUCCCAUCGACUUCCAGCCCCCCAUUGCACGGUCACCCUCGCAUCACCGCCUACGAAACGGAGGUGUUCGUCCCGUCAUCAAUCACCCACGGCCGGAAGAUCCUUAUCCAAGGUGUAGAAGCACCGAAUAGCUACACAUACGACGAGUCCAGACAGACCUUGUUCAUCGUGACGAAGGAUCAGACACCCGGUAAGAGGUAUCGAAUCCGUGUUUCCUUGGACCCGCCCCUCCGUCCUGCCUUUGAUUUGAACGACCUUUGGACGGACUAUGGCUCUCGAAUAAUAUUUGUGCUCGUUGUUUUGCUUGGAUUCUUUUUCUACCGGUUCUAG